UCCAGGGGUAUGUUCUGUUGUACGUCACAUUGGUCCAACAUCAUAUAGUAGGUGAUGAAUUCAUAAAAGACCAACCUCAUAAACUGAAUACAACGAAUGAACCUUUUCCUUUUCAGCGCACAGUUCUGCAAGCUGCCUAACUCAUACCUACAUGUUUAACUUUGACCAUUGUGAAGAUGUGCACAUAGGAGACAAAUCUGUGAAAAAUAUCACAAUGGAGAGGAGGGCAGAAGAACUGGACAACCUUAGAGAAAUUUCCCUUUCUAAAGGGAAGAGGUGGACAAAAAACACCCAUCUUUUCCAGAAGACCCAUUCAUGCGAGGAAGCGCUGAAAACUUUGAAAGACAAUGGUGUUGUUGUUGUUGUGGGUAGAAAGGGGGAUGGAAAAACUUCCAUAGCCAAAACCAUCCUGUUACAGUUGAAGAAGGAAGUGGAGGAAAGGUCAGAUUCGGGUAAUGAUGUUAUCCUCGUGGAGGUAGAAGAGCCUGGCGAACUUGUCAACUUCUUCUCUAGAAAUUACGACGGUACGUUUCUAGUAUUAGUCGAUGACGUUUUUGGAAAAUCAGCGGUGGAUGGUAUCAAACUGGAUAAGUGGCAGAGGAAAGCAGAAGACGUGUGGGAAGCUCUCAAUGAUUCCAACGAUAUCAAGCUGGUCAUGACACUACGGAAACACGUCUGGAACAAGGCCAAGCCACUUCUGCAGGACUACGACUUGUUCAGUAACAGGAUAGACCUGACCUGUGCGGAAAUGUCACUGGGCAGCGAGGAAAAGGCUAGCAUUCUGCGCGCUCACGUGGAAAAUUCAGAGAGGAUCAUCUCUGACGUUCUUGUUCGCGAAGUUAGCCAGACCAUCCCCACGCCUCCCGGUUUCCCACAGUGCUGCAGCAUGUUUUCAACAGUUGAAAGUCUAUUUUCCCAGGGUGCUCAGUUCUUCAGGAAACCUUCCAAAUACUUGGAUAAGCUGCUGGAAGAACUACAUUCGUCAAAUCCCAAUCUUUACUUGCCACUAGCGCUCACGCUUAUGUUUGGAGGCCGAUUUUCCACCAAGAAUUUCAGCAAGGAUUACCUCGACAAAAAUCCACAGGUAAAGAAGACAGUUGAAGAGGUUUUGGAGUGUUGCAGCACAGAGGGCAAGGUGACCUUAGGACAGUUGAAAAGCAGUUUUGACACGUUGCUUGAUGUCUUCUUCGAAAGCAAUGAAAACGAAACCAGCUUCAGAUUCAACCAUGAUUCUAUACAAGAAGCUGUGGCUUGUCACUUCGGAGCAAAAUAUCCUCAAGUGCUAAUAAAAUGUUGUCGAUUGCUGUCGCUGCAACAGUGGAUUUGCACCAGACGAGAGGAUCAGGAGAGCUAUGUAGUGUAUGUGAAACAGAACUGCUUCCCGGAUCUGUGCAACAGGCUAAAUGCAGAUCUGCUGGAAGGGAAAGCCAACACAGUGUUCACGCUGCUCCCAGCGCGGGAUGAAAUAUUUGUAAAAGGCUGGAUUAAAGGUCUAGAAAAUUCAGCAUCUCUUGUAAAGAAGUUGGAAGUUCACAGUUCGGAACUCCUCAUCCACGCGUCUAAGAAUGGUGUGAGGAAGUUCGUAGAGUUCGUGUUAUCCAGGUCCUGGGCUGCACCAGGAGCCGAAGUAUUGGCUGAAGCUGUGAAAUGCGCGGCGUGUGGUGGACACCAGGAUGUCCUGGAGAUUCUCCUGGAUCAGAACCCGCCAAGGAUCGUGGUGACUGAAGCGUUUGAGGAGGUACUGGAAGUGGGACAUGUAAGCAGUGCGCGCUGCUUGCUGCAGUACUACCCUGAACUGCUUCAGAAGCAGUUCCCGGAUAAAUUGGAUUCACUCCAGAGGAAACAGCCUGCCAAGCGUCAGAACAGUCAACGGUGGAAGAAAUGUCUGCACCUUGCGUCUUACCACGGCUGUGUGGAGCUUGUCCAACACUUCCUGGACAGAGGGAUGGAUCCCUACGUGACGGACAGUCUCUGGAAAACGGCCCUUCAUCACGCCGCCGAGAGCGGCUAUGCCAAUGUUGUGCAUCUUCUCAUACAGAUAGAAGGUGACCUGGAUAAAAAAGACAAAUUCGAGAGAACAGCACUUCACUAUGCAGCCAACGAAGGCCACGUCGAUGUUGUACAGCAGCUGGUUGAAGCCGGUGCUUCCGUCAACAUUGUUGACCAGAACGGAAACACGGCUAAAUGCCUAGCUGAAUCCAAGGGCUUUGAGGCCGUGGCUGAAUUACUUGGUUCAUAACCAUGGCACAGACCUUCAGCUAUAAGGGGUUUGAUGCUGUGGAUCAUCGUUCUGAACUAGACCAAUCCUCUGAAGUUUGAAGGCCUGUAAAAAUGGAUUGUUGGUCAUUUUACAUGUCAUUACAGCAAUAUAUUUGUCCCUUCGUGGUGUAACUUGCAGUUUUUCCUUAUAACAAAGGAACCUCCCAGACUGGUUCUGUCAAUGUUCACCUGUGAUCCAUCUAUCCAGAUCUGAAGCGGUGUUCUCAUUGCCAAUCUAGAACUGUAAUAUCCUAUACAUUAACUUGAAAGUUCCAUUGGCUUUUUUAGCGAUGUAAAACUGAACAACUAACUGCUGUUGGUAGACUAAAAGUGAACAUCUUGCAUUGGCUGUGUUUGUGAUGAAAUAUGGACAGUUGAAUCUGAACACGCAGGUUUUGUGUAGUGUUCACCUGCUAAACUUUAGCAGAUUCUAUGUGCACAUUCCAUGGAUGGAGCUGCUAUAUAUUUGAUAAUGAUGAUUAUCCCAUCUUGUGGUGAUGACUCCCAUCCUGUGAUGACUCCCGUCCUGUGAUGAUGAUGAUUCCAUCCUGUGAUUAUGACGACUCCAUCCUGUGAUUAUGAUGACUCCAUCCUGUGAUUAUGAUGACUC